UUGUUCUUUUCAUUCUUCAAGUCGCUUGUUGGUCAAGAUGUUGUCGUGGAGUUGAAAAACGAUCUGAGUAUUUGUGGAACACUCCACUCUGUGGACCAGUACCUGAAUAUGAAGCUCACUGAUAUUUCUGUUGCCGAACCAGAGAAGUUUCCUCAGAUGCACGCCGUGAAAAACUGUUUCAUUCGAGGAUCGGUUGUUCGAUAUGUACAACUACCAGCUGAUCGAGUUGAUACACAACUGCUUCAAGAUGCGUCAAGGAAAGAAGCUGCGGCUCAAAGCAGAAAAUAA